CAAGCCCAGUCACCCUCUAGACCGAGACGCUGUUCUAUCCAUUUCUCUGUCGGCAAGGACAGAGGAAAGCAGCAGAGUUUACAUACCUGCACUGCAGUUCCAACUUCCGAGGAAGCUUCUCGCUAUCUCUCUAUUGCAGCAGCAGAAGAAGAAGAAGAAGAAGAAGAAGGGAGCCAUGUCAGAGACUCAGUGCUGUCAGAACCCUCCGACGCCGAGCUCCACGAGCGUCGGAAUCGGAUGUGUCGCGGAGAUCGGCGGCCUGAAAGCUUACAUCACCGGCCCCCCUGAUUCCAACCUCGCCGUCCUCCUCGUAUCCGACGUUUUCGGUUAUGAAGCACCAAAGCUGAGGAAGCUUGCAGACAAGGUGGCCUCUUCUGGAUUCUAUGUGGUGGUUCCAGACUUCUUUUAUGGAGAUCCCUAUGUACCUGACAAUCCUGAGAGGCCUAUUGCAGUCUGGAGACAAUCUCAUGGAACUGAUAAAGGAUCUGAAGAUGCUAUAAGAGUUGUUUCUGCAUUGAGAAAUGAAGGUGUAUCUGCCAUUGGAGCUGCAGGAUUUUGCUGGGGUGCAAAGGUGGUUGUGGAACUAGGGAAGUCUGAUCACAUUCAAGCUGCGGUGCUGCUACACCCUUCACGAGUCACAGUGGAUGAUAUUAAGGAGGUCAAGGCUCCCAUUGCUGUAUUGGGUGCUGAGUACGACAAAAUGUCUCCACCAGAGCUUCUCAAGCAGUUUGAGGAAAUCUUAUCUGCUAAACCCGAAGUUGAUGCGUAUGUGAAGAUUUUUGCUGGGGUUGAGCAUGGUUGGACUGUGAGGUAUAAAGAGGAAGAUGAAGCAGUGGUGAAGUCCGCUGAAGAAGCCCAUAAGGACAUGCUGGACUGGUUCACUAAGCACUUGAAGUGAAGAUGAACUUGGUCACCUUCUGCUGCGUCUCCAUAUCCAAGGAAGAGAAUGACAAAGCACGAUCGUUCCUAGCAGUAGCGGCCUAUCAUCUGAUGGAGUCGAUGCUGAUUAGGAAACGUAUUCCUUAUGCAGAUGUAAUUCAGCUUAAAUAUAACAGAGCUUCCCCUUUCGUGUCUAGAGAUAAACGGAAGAGCUUUUUGGGGUUCUUUGAGUUUGCGUGGGGGGUUUGCCCGCUCUCUUGUACAUAGCAUGUAGUGCCUGGGUCAACUAAAACCUGGAUAUUUUCCUUGCAUAGGGUAUCUGUGAGCUUAUUAAUUUACAGGUUGCGGUAAUACUUGCUCAA